CCCCUACCGGGACUAGAAUCCUGUGUGCCGGUGCCGCAAGGCGGAGGAUUAGCCCAGUGAGCCGCGGCGCCGACUUCUAAUUAGUUUUAAUGAUUUCUUGCCUCCUAUUAAAGACUCCCCCUUUGAAAAUACUAUCCAACACACAGGGAACAAGGAGGAAGUGAUAUGGACAGGCCCGUGAGGCAGGGCAUGCAUACCACCUCGCACAGGUCAUGGCUGAGGGCAGCCUUGGAAGGGGUGUUGGCUCCUCAGCAGUGCUGGUCUCCUCCGACUAGCCAGCUGUGAAGCCCAGCGGGCGCCCUAGGGCCUAGGGAGCCACACGUGAUAUGGUGGGGCAGAGGCACGUGAGCCCCGCCUGCUGAGAACACAGGGCCAGCGCCAGGCCCCGGCCCCUCUCAUUGCCGACCGGUGCCUUGGGGGUGUCGUCUCUGAAGAGGGCACCUCACUGACGGUGAGUCUGUAACAGGUGCAGAGUCCAGCCCCAAGACUAGGAAAGAACGUUCUAGACAGGAGGAGGCGCACAGGCCCGAAGGUGAGAAAGAGCUUGGCAGGUUCAAGAAACAGAGACGAACUGGCGUGGAGGAGAGCGGAGGAUGCAGGUAAAGGCUGCCCGGCCCGACGCAGUGGGGGCUGCUCCGCACGCACAGCUGUAGAGAGGCGGCCCCACUGCGGGUCUUUAUGACACGAGCCUACAGCAAGCAGAGGGCAUGGCAGCAAGUAGCACCCAGAGCAAGCUCAGCCGCACGUCCUGCGGUGGCCCCGAGGGGACCAGGCGGAAGCUGAGAGAGUACUGACUUAGGGGUAGAGUGUUCAAACACGGAUGGAGCAGCUUAGCACCCCUGCCAAACUUGGACUUGGCUUGUGGUUUCCAGAUGCGCACGUGAUGCCUGGAGUGACUGCCAGCGGCUCAAGGAUGACACGGACACCACAAGGGACCUAGCAGAGAGGUGGAGAGAGUCAGCCUUCUCCCCGGCACCAAGUAGUUCAUCCUCUGUGACUGCAACCACCACACCUGGGGACCUCAGUUAUCUGAAAUAAUGAAACACCUUUAUCAAAGGUUCCUCCAGGGGCCAAUUUUCUGCAAAAGGCCAGGUAGCAGGGACUGGUGUUUAGUACAUUAUUAUUCAUCCUGACAUGUGCAUGUGUCAUGUCACACCUGUGGCCAUAUUGUGAUGUAGCAAAAAGACCCUCACCAUAAGCAACCACUCCAUCGUGGACUUCCCAGCCUCCAGACCAUGAGCCAAAUACAUUUCCAUUCAUUAUAAAUCAGAAGGAAAAUAUUAUUUGCUGAACAAUACAUAAGGGAAAGCAAAACAAAAAAUGUAUAUUCAAUAUUAGCAUCACGAUUCAGAAUUAUUGCAUUAGAUUGGGUUCUCCAAGAAGCAGAUGCAAAGACAAGAUCAAAUGUACAAGAAUCUGUUUUGGUGAGGAAAAAAAUGAAAGUAGAACUGGCAGGGCUACUAUACCACAACACAAGGAUCAUUCUGAGUGAAGGAGAGCAUGAAGCAGGCUGUGUUGAAGCAUCCUAGACUGCUUUCUACUCUAAUGAAACUUUGGCAAGGCUAUCAAAGAGUGCUCAAAACAAGGUCAGUCAUCAGAGAAUCCUUGUCUCUCUCAGAAGUGAGCCUGUCUCAGUAUUUCUGUCAUGCUUAUUGUCUGAGAAGCAUGGCUUUAGCACAAAGGUAGUGAUGAAUUUCAGAAUGCAGAAACUGGGGCUCUGGGCCAAUGACAGGUGCAAAGGCAGCAGAUGAUGGCCCAAGUACCUGAGUUCCUUCUACCCACAUCUAAGACCCAGAUAGAAUUUCUGGCUCCUGGCUUCAGCCUGGCCCAGCCCUGGCUGUUGUGAGCAUUUGAGGACUGAACCAGAAGAUGGAAGAUCCUCUCUUCCUCUCUCUCACUCUGCCUUUCAAAUAAAUAAAUGGAACUUUUUAAAAACCAGAUAUUAAAAGUCAAGACAAUAAUUUUAAAAUUUCCUCUCUGAGUGGGAAGAAUAAAGGGAAAAUACACUUAUCAGGAUUAUUUUAUGCCAGGCACUGUGAUAGUGACCUCAGGUAUGUUAGUUAAGUUGACAUAUACAAUACUGUUUAUAUCUCUUAUGGAAUACUUACAGCAACCUGGGUUGCCUGAGUUAAAUUCCUAGUUCUGCUUCCAAUUCCAGAUUCCUGCUAAUGUGGAUUCUGGGAGGCAGCAAUAAUGGAUCAGGUAAUUGUGUUCCUGCUAUUCAUGUGAGAGACCUGCAUUGAGUCCCUGUCUCCUGCUUCAAUUCAGCCCAGCCUCACCCAUCACAGGCACUUGGGUGUGAACCAUCAGACAGGAGUUCUCUCUUUCUCUCAUCCUUUCAAAUAUAAAUAAAGAGGUAAGUAAAUAAGUAAAAAAGGGCUGGAACUAUUGUGCAGUGGGUUAAGCUGUUACCUGCAAUGCCAGCAUUUCAUUUGAGUACCAGUUCUAGUCCCAGCUGCUCCACUUCCAGUCCAGCUCCCUGCUAAUGAAUCUGGGAAAACAGCAGAAGAUGGCCCAAGUGCUUGGAUCCCAGUCACCCAUGCAGGACACUCAAAUGGAGUGCCAGGCUCCUGGCUUUGGCCUGGCUCAUCCCUGGUCAUUGCAGCCAUUUGGGAAAUCAAACAGUGAACAGAAGAUCUCUCUGUCUCUCUCUCUCUUUCUGUAACUCUGCCAUUCAAAUAAAUUAAUAAAUACAUCUUUUUAAGAAAUAGGGUAAAAAUGACUUCUUUCUGCACUGGGAUAACAUACUGAGCUCCUGGGCUUGUGAUUUAUGACUUUGGACCUCUGGAGCCAUUUUACAGGGACAGUGCACCUGGUUUAAGCUGCCACAGGAAGUUGCAUUCCCCCUUGAGAACUAGCACAAGAAGUUGGGUAAAUGCUGCAUAACUAUUCCCCAGGAAAUCAAUGUUAAAGUUCUAAGAGACUUAGUUUUCAUAUUAUAUUAUGUGUGGAUAAAUAUGUGAGGAUUGAAGCAGUAAAACUACAGGUUGGGGGCUGGCAUUGUGGUGUAGCGGGUUAGGCUGCCGCCUGCAUCACAUAUGGGCACUGGUUGGAGUUUUGGUUGCUCCACUUCCAAUCCAGCUCCCUACUAAUGCACCUGGGAAAGCAGUGGAAAGUGGCCCAAGUGCUUGGACCCCUGUACUCAUGUGGGAGACCCGAAAGAAGCUCCUGGUUCCUGCUUGUUGCCAUUUUGGGACUGAACCAGCAGAUAAAUCUCUCUCUCUCUCUCUGUAAUGCUGCCUUUCAAAUAAAUAAGAAAAUCUUAAAAACAAUUAAAGUUAUGCCACUGGAUGACUAAGCUUUUAAAAUCAGGAAAAGUAACUCAUUCAUCUUUGUAUCUCCAAUCAUAGUACCUUGCCUAGUUGAAUAAAUGAAUACAUGGUAACUCUUUUUUUCUUUUUAACUUAAGAUACUUAAAACUUUUGAAGCUUGGUCUUGGAAGGCCAUCGCUAGCCUCUGAGGGACAGGCUUGCAAAAUAAGUUUCUGUCAAUGACCACAAAUGCCACAGAUUUAGAUCUUUCAUUUGGAAUCUUAACUGGCAGAUGAAUUGUAUUAGCUUCUUUGAUUAUAAACUAAGCUAAUUGUUACAAGUGGCCUUGGAGAAAACAGUUCCACAGUGACACUGAGCUCUCUGAUCUCGAACUUUUUCCACGUCUUCCUUUGCUGUUUCUAUUCUACCUCAUCCAGAAAGAAACUGCAUGAAGAGUGUUGAAUAUAGCGGUUUCCUUUAAUUGCCAUUCAGGCUAAAUCUUCGCAUUUGGCUCAGAACUUUAUUAUUUAGAGAGGUCAUGUAACCAACACUAAUGAUGAUCUUGUUCCACUGAUAGCUAUCUGCAGACUAAAGACGCUAUCUUUUCCUCAUCUGUUGAGGAAGUGCAUCCUGCCACUCAUUUUCUCCAUAGCUUCAGAUAAGUCUUCACUGGUUUAAUGGCAAUAAGCAUUCUUAUCUUACUGCGACACAAUGCUUGGGGGAAAACAUCUAAAGUCGUUUAUAUAAGAGAAGUUUCAUAAUCACAGCUGUGAAAAGGGAGAAAAUGUAUAUUCACUAUGGGUACUUUCACCAUAAAUUUCCUGACCUUGAUUUGAUUAAAAUCUCUAUUUAAAGAUUGCAGCAAUUUAUAUUGCUUGAAAGUUCAUUUCGCUGAGCUUUGAGAAAAACCUCAAGGUGGGAAGAAAGGGUGAUAGAGCGGAAGGAGAAGUUAAGGACUGAGCUACUUUUCAGUUUAGGGUGUUUGAAAGUCAACAGCAUAUUUAAGAAGAAGCAGAAACCACAGAACAGAGUCCCACGUAGUGUUUCUGUUCACCUGUUUCACAAAAUAAUUCAGACUCUUCCUACUGCCCCCUCCCAUCUCCUCUCUCUUCUCUUUUAUUUUAUUUCACAAAUACCGCUGGAGUAGGCACCCGAUCCAAAUCUGAAGAACUAGUAGAGGAAGGGACACCUUCGACUUGAGCAGCUUUUUUAACCCUAAUAUGCAGAGGAAAUGAAGACAUCGCCUGCCAUGCUUGGAAUUGGUAUCUUCCUAAUACCAGAUUUGUGCAUCUGGAGUAUUUGCGAAAAAAUUCAAAAUAAUUCACAACCCCCUCUAAUGAAUGCAACUGGUGUCUCAGGACCACCCUCCAAGGAAGAGAUGGCAGACUCAUCGUGGCUCCUUUACGGUUUGCUGGCUUCAGGAGGAUUGCCCCUGCUCCUUAUCACCUGCUUCUGCCUCCUAUGCUGCCUGAGAGGGCACCCAGGGAAACAAAAGAAGCCUUUUGAUGCUGCAGGAAGAGAAAUUAACCUGGUUGACAUUCCCCAGCUCGUCAGGAGUGAGCAAGCUGACGUGGGCACCAGGAAAAAUUCUCAAACACUGCCACCAGAAACUGGAAUUUAUGAUAAUGACCCCUGGUUUAAAGUGCAGGAAGGGUCUGAGGUUUAUUCUAACCCGUACCUGGAGGAAACCAAACAGGGUAUUGUUUAUGCUUCCCUGAACCAUGCCAUCAUUGGAAUGAACCCAAGACAGGCAAAAAAUGAGAAAGAAGAACCUACAGAAUAUGCAUCCAUAUGUGUGAGGAGUUGAGUCUAGUUCUGACCCUAAGCAGUGGUCAGUAAAUGGUUAGCAUGUCAACCAUUGCUAACCAAUGGUUAGCGCAUCAAUGCCAUUGCCAGGACCGAAAAGAAUGUCAAAUAACAUCUCUCAACUUGGCAGUUUUCACUUUAAGAAGGUACAUGUUGGUUCUUGGAAAAAUAAUUGAAGCCUUUUAUGGUAUGGGCUUGAAUAAUAAAGUCUUCUUUGGGAAACUGAGCACCAACAUGAGCAGCAGAAGGGCUGGACACUUAAAUUUAGCUACAUUUUGCCCAAUGUGCAAACUCAAUCUUUCCUUCAGCACUGAGAGACAUAUUGCCAAGAGAGAUUUAAUGUUAUUGGCAUCGGUUCACUAUACACUCUUGAAGAAGAAUAUCCCAAUUAGACUAAUCACAAGUACUGUAAUAAUCAUACUUUUGCAGCCACUCUUCCAUGAUAAGAAAUUUCUGUGUGUCAACCUAAGACUGAUGUCUCUCAAAUAUAAUGGAGAAAUCAUUUUGGACUUGACAUAAGAAAAAAAUGGGUGCAGCAAAGAUGUAGAAUAUUCCAACUGGAUAUGAGGUAAAUGUUUUCUGUGCUCAGCAAAUAAAUGUUUAUAUCUGCCCAGUUAGGUUGCUCAGUGAAUAUGAAUAUUAAUAGAGCAAUCAGUGCAUGUGCAUUUGUGAGCAAAGUGGUAGCUCAGUGCUUGGGUCACAUAGACUAAUGCAUAUGAAAGUGACUUGAUGCUGCUGAGUUAACAUACUGUGGACAUCUGAAUAAACUUAAAAAUCAGUGAAAAUAGGUGUCGCUAGGCAUGUGCAGAUUGAAACCUGCAUCAUGGUUGGCCUGAUAGCAAAUUAAAAUCACAGUUAAUGGAAUGAAGAAGAGUUCAGAAUAUUUCAUCAAUCAACAGGGAUCAACAUGCUUUCAUUCAUAUCUCUACCUUGCUGUUUUUCUGAUGAGGGAAUUCAGAGCAAAUCAUACCUUGUGAAAUAUUACAGUUUGAUAAUUUUUAAAUUCUGAGAUUGCAGCCACUCUAAGAGCAAAAUAAGAGAUGGUUUCAGAUUUUCUGAAUUUUCAGAGUACUUGAGUCUGAUUAUUUCAAAAAUAGCCUAUGACUUUAUUGACCAAAUAGAGGCCAGAGUUUUCAGGUGCUGCUACUAAAUAAUAGAGUAGUCCUAAAACAAAGUGGUUAGCCAAAGUUGGGAUUCAUUUGAACAAAUACAUGAGCUGCUGAAUCAAUGAAUGUGUGUGUGUGUGUGUGUGUGUUAGUGCAUACAGGGGUAAGUGACCUAUAGAAAUUGCACAAGAGAAACUGAUCAAAUUGCUCUUACAUUUUCAGUUUGCUUAUGAAGCUUAAAAUGCUAGAUCAUGGAUCAUUAAAGAAAAUGUAUGAAAUCAUGGGAAUGGGAGUAUGAUAUACACACAAAAGAGGCAAAACUGAGGCUUUUCUUAUGUAAUGCUGGCAUUAACGUGCAGUUACUAAGAUUGGGGUGGAAGAGGCAGUUUCUGAGUCAAUGUUAUCUAGCCAGUAUGAUAACAUUACACUUAAGAUUUAAGCAAAUUCUAGAUGGAUUCUUUUAGCCAAGCAGUAUUUGUGGACAAAUUAUGUAAAAAAGAGAAGAAUUGCUUGUCCAAUUCUUAAAAAUAGAAACAGGAAGUAUGGUGAGGUUACAUUUUGGUCUUCUCUUAUCAGAUAAACACACAAAGUUGAGCAGUUCCUUCCUAAAUCUCUCCCACUUAAAAAAACAAAAUAUUUCUGUCUAUGUUGCUUAGAAUGUUCUUAGGGUGACUUACAGUAAAGAUGCUAUUGAUUUCACUUUUCUAAAUGUCUUAUACUUGUAUCAUGCUUGUCAAAGUAACAAAUUAUUUAUGCCUU